CACGACUUGAAAAAGUAUGCACCGCUAGGUCUCUCUGGCGAGGGUUCCAUCUCACUAUCAGAGUUCAUCGAUCCGGAUUGCAAACUACUGGACGAAUGGCGCACUGAAAAAGAGCCCCCCAAAGCGCGCGUCGGGUUGAAUUUGACGCAGCGGUUAGCGACUGUUGCCGCGACACUUGAAUACGAAGCCGAAGAUAUGGAGGGCAGAUCGAAGCGCGUCGCGGAGAAUUGGAAAUCGAGUCUCGGGCUCGCGGUGCGUGAGGUUCCCCGCGACACCAAAUUUCCUUUGGCUCGCUUGGGAAGCCCACAAGAUCACGUUAGACGAGCGCUCUUUGUCGUAGCUCCGACGACCACGUCCUCGGGUGUUGCUGCGAAGUCGGCUGCAUCUUCGAAAAAGAAAUCUACCAAACGGGCGGGCGCGGCAUCAGCGGG